UCCGCCUGCCGGGAGGGUGAGGAGGGCCGGCCGCUCAGUGGACUUCAGGUCUUCUCGGAGUCGGAGACCCUUCCCUGACUCUGGUCCCGGGACGUCUAGUCUUCUCGCGGCACCUGUUGCUUGUGACAGGCAACUCAGUGCUAUCCUUGUCUGGUUAUUUUGAAGGAAAAAAAAAAACCCUAGCAAUCAUGUCAGAGAUGCUUGAUCUGUCUUUUCUGUCGGAGAUGGAAAGGGAUUUAAUCCUUGAUGUCCUACAACGAGACGAGGAGCUCCGAAAAGCAGAUGAAAAAAGGAUUAGGCGACUGAAGAAUGAGUUACUGGAAAUAAAAAGGAAGGGAGCCAAGAGAGGCAGCCAACAUUACAGUGAUAGGACCUGUGCUCGUUGCCAGGAGAGCCUGGGACGUUUUAUUCCCAAGACCAAUACUUGUCGGGGUUGUAAUCAUCUGGUGUGUCGGGACUGCCGCAUCCAUGAAAGCAAUGGAAGCUGGAGGUGCAAGGUGUGCGCCAAGGAAAUAGAGCUGAAGAAAGCAACUGGAGACUGGUUUUAUGACCAGAAAGUGAAUCGUUUUGCUUACCGCACAGGCAGUGAGAUAAUCAGGAUGUCUCUGCGCCGCAAACCUGCAGUGAAUAAAAGAGAGACGGUGGAGCAACCCCUCAUUCAUCAGCCUCAAAUGGGCAAUGUCUGGCCUGGGAGAAAGAUCAUUCAGGAGCAGAACAAGGAGCGCAGUGUGCCAUUUGAAGUACCAAAGCUGAAAAGUGGGAAGAGUGCCCUGGAAGCUGAGAGCGGAAGCCUGGAUAGCUACACAGCUGACUCGGAUAGCACUUCCAGGACGGACUCAUUGGAUAAAUCUGGCCUUUUUCCAGAAUGGAAGAAGAUGUGCGUCCCCAAAACUCAAGUGGAAAAGGAAACUCAGCCUGGGGGUCAAAAUGUGGUAUCUAUUGAUGAGGGUGAAAUGAUAUUCAAGAAGAACACCAGAAAAGUCCUCAGGCCUUCAGAAUACACUAAGUCUGUGAUUGAUCUUCGCCCUGGAGAUGUGGGGCAUGAAAGUGGCUCCUUGGGAGACAGAAGCCAAUCUGUGCCAGGCCUGAGUGAGGAUGUGGAAGAGGAAGAGGAGGAGGAAGACAUUGACCACCUGGUGAAGCUGCACCGCCAGAAACUGGCCAGGAGUAGCAUGCAAAGUGGCUCAUCCGUGAGUACGAUCGGCAGUAUGAUGAGCAUCUACAGCGAAGCUGGUGAUUUCGGGAAUGUCUCCGUGACGGGCAAGAUCGCUUUUUCCCUGAAGUAUGAGCAGCGCACCCAGACUCUGCUUAUCCAUGUGAAGGAGUGCCAGCAGCUGGCCUACGCCGAUGACGCCAAGAAGCGCUCUAACCCGUAUGUGAAAACUUACCUGCUGCCUGACAAGUCCCGCCAAGGAAAAAGGAAAACCAGCAUCAAGCGGGACACCAUCAAUCCACUCUACGAUGAAUUCCUCAGGUAUGAGAUCCCAGAAUCUCUCCUGGCCCAGAGGACCUUGCAGUUCUCGGUUUGGCAUCAUGGUCGUUUCGGAAGAAACACUUUCCUGGGAGAGGCAGAGAUCCAGAUGGAUUCCUGGAAGGUUGAUAAGAGACUGAAUCAUUGCCUCCCUUUGCAUGGAAAGGUCAGUGCUGAGUCCCUGACUGGCUUGCCAUCACACAAAGGCGAGUUGGUGGUUUCAUUGAAAUACAUCCCAGCCUCCAAACUCCCUGUUGGAGGUGACCGGAAAAAGAGUAAAGGUGGGGAAGGGGGAGAACUCCAGGUGUGGAUCAAAGAAGCCAAGAACCUGACGGCUGCCAAAUCAGGAGGGACUUCAGACAGCUUUGUCAAGGGAUAUCUCCUGCCCCUGAGGACCAAGGCCAGUAAGCGUAAAACCCCCGUGGUGAAGAAGACCCUGAAUCCCCACUACAACCAUACAUUUGUCUACAAUGGUCUGAGGCUGGAAGAUCUACAACACAUGUGCCUGGAACUGACUGUGUGGGACCGGGAACCCCUGGCCAGCAAUGACUUCCUGGGAGGGGUCCGGCUUGGGGUUGGCACUGGGAUCAGUAAUGGGGAAGUGGUGGACUGGAUGGACUCGACUGGGGAAGAAGUGAGCCUGUGGCAGAAGAUGCGACAGUACCCAGGGUCAUGGGCGGAAGGGACUCUGCAGCUCCGUUCCUCGAUGGCCAAACAGAAGCUGGGUUUAUGAAUCCUUGUCCUGCUCUGUAGAUGCAGCCCUGGCCAGGGCAAGUCAAAGGAAGUGAAGAACCCAAUUGUGAUACAAUUAUAAUUUAAUGUGUGUGUGUGUGUGUGUGUGUGUGUGUGUUGUAUAUAUGUGUACAGAUGGGUUUCUGGGAACCUUGCUGUGCUAGUUAGAGGGAUAUGGAUAUAUUCCUCUUUUUAAAGCAGGCUCAAGAGUCUCUUUAAAAGUUUUUUUUUAUUUGUGCACAAUAUAAUGUUUUCAUUCAAUACUUGCUUAUAUUACAUCUUUAUGAAGAUAACUUUAAAAACUUGAGAAGCAACUUUUUCUUCUGACUAGCUCUCCAUGUUCAUAUGUCCCUAGGAAGCCCUGGCUGUCCUUGGCAUUAGUAUAGGUCUGUAGGGCAAAGUGUGCCUAAUCUGAGGCCGGGGCUGUAGAAAGCAGAGUGAGAUUACUAAAAGCAGGGGUGUAUGGGAAACAGGGAGAGCGGUAUAUUUUUGCCUUCCUCUCCAAGAUAGGUUUAGCUCAUUUUCUAUCCUGGUAAAUUUCUGGAAGUCAGCUUUUAACCUUUGUUGUUUUAAGCAGUGUUCACAUUGCUUGGGUCUAAUGGAUUUCUUUGAAACAAUAAAACUUCCCAGCUCUUUCCAGUUCUAGAACGUCUUCCUGGACCUUGGGCAGCAUGGUGAAGGGGAGAGUUAGAAUGGAGCUGCUUUAA